AUGGAUGUCAACAAUGAUGAUCAUCAAGAACUAGAGUCACUCGAGACACUUUCCCUCACAGAUUUCCCACUAACAAGAGAUGAAAAUUCAUGUGGUAAAGAUCAUGAUCCUGAUCAUAACCAUAGACCUCCACCAUCACCUAGCCAAGAUUUAUUUGAAUUCUGUAGCGGCGAAUCCAACCGGUUUUAUGAACAACAACACAUGAUGUCUGAUGCAGAAGACAUGAUUUCUGGUGGCAAGCUCGUACCCACCAACUCGAAACACCCUCAACGCGCGCGGUGUGAGUCUAUGCGCGAGUUAAAGAGCACCAACGACAAGGGAACCGCGAGUACUCAACUCUUUAGAAACAGCUACUCUUUUGAUUCCAAAAAGCGCACCCGAAACCUGAAGUUGAACUAUGAACCAACCGCGGAUAACAACCGCAAUAGUUUGAGUAAUAAAUCGUCUUCUUCGAGGUGGACGGAUCUUGUGUUUGCGCCCUUGAAGGUGCCUGCAGAGAUGGAUCUUAAGGACAUCAGGAACAGGCAGCUUGUUCAAAACACUUCAAAAUCAUUGUUUCCUACAGUUGAAGGUGGUGAAAGUUUUGCGGUUAACCGAGUUGGUCAUCACCGGAAGACUUCAUGGGGAGUGCUUGGAUUCCUUAGCUGUAAAAGGUCCGGCAGUGUUGCCGUGACGAUGCCGUAA